AUGUCCAUCCUCAAGGUCCACGCCAGAGAGAUCUUUGACUCUCGUGGGAAUCCCACUGUUGAGGUUGAUCUCUUCACCGCGAAAGGUCUCUUCAGAGCUGCUGUGCCCAGUGGCGCCUCAACUGGAAUCUAUGAGGCCCUGGAGCUCCGGGACAAUGAUAAGACGCGCUACAUGGGGAAAGGUGUCUCAAAGGCUGUUGAGCACAUCAAUAAAACUAUUGCGCCUGCCCUGGUUAGCAAGAAGCUGAACGUUGUGGAGCAGGAGAAGAUCGACAAGCUGAUGAUAGAGAUGGACGGCACAGAAAAUAAGUCCAAGUUUGGUGCAAACGCCAUCCUGGGCGUGUCCCUGGCUGUCUGCAAGGCUGGUGCCGUGGAGAAGGGGGUGCCCCUCUACCGCCACAUCGCUGACUUGGCUGGCAAUGCCGAGGUCAUCCUGCCAGUUCCGGCUUUCAAUGUCAUCAACGGUGGCUCUCACGCUGGCAACAAGCUGGCCAUGCAGGAGUUUAUGAUCCUUCCUGUUGGGGCCGAAAAUUUCCGGGAGGCCAUGCGCAUUGGAGCAGAGGUUUACCACAACCUGAAGAAUGUCAUCAAGGAGAAAUAUGGGAAGGACGCCACCAACGUGGGAGACGAGGGCGGCUUUGCCCCAAACAUCCUGGAAAACAAAGAAGCCCUGGAGCUGCUGAAGAAUGCCAUUGGCAAGGCUGGCUAUAGCGACAAGGUUGUCAUUGGCAUGGACGUAGCUGCCUCUGAGUUCUACAGGUCGGGCAAGUAUGACCUGGACUUCAAGUCGCCUGAUGACCCCAACAGGUACAUCACACCCGACGAGCUGGCCGACCUGUACAAGUCCUUCAUCAGGGACUACCCAGUGGUGUCUAUCGAGGACCCCUUCGACCAGGAUGACUGGGAAGCUUGGCAGAAGUUCACUGCCAGCGCGGGGAUCCAGGUGGUAGGGGACGACCUCACGGUGACCAACCCCAAGCGGAUCACCAAGGCCGUGAGCGAGAAAUCGUGCAACUGCCUCCUGCUCAAAGUGAACCAGAUCGGCUCUGUUACCGAGUCCCUGCAGGCGUGCAAGCUGGCCCAGUCCAACGGGUGGGGCGUCAUGGUGUCGCAUCGCUCCGGGGAGACUGAGGACACCUUCAUUGCUGACCUGGUGGUGGGGCUGUGCACGGGGCAGAUCAAGACUGGUGCCCCAUGCCGAUCCGAGCGCUUGGCCAAGUACAACCAGAUCCUCAGAAUUGAAGAGGAACUGGGCAGCAAGGCCAAGUUUGCCGGCAGGAGCUUCAGAAACCCGCUCGCCAAGUAA